AUAUUUGCUUGAACAAAAACCAUCCUCCUCAAAUCCCGAAAGUCCUUCAGCUCGACUCGUACCAGGAGCUUGUCAAAUGUCGCGUCCGUCACCCCCGGCAACACCUCGUAGAAGCACACGCGCUCGGCCUGGCCCAUCCAAACCGCCAUCCAAGCCACCAGGCACAAACUGGCCCAAUUAUCCUUCUGAUAUCGGCAUCAAGAACGGCCCUCUACCACUGCCAAAACUGAAAUUUACUCGCACAGGCUCGACAAAAACCAAGAAUGUAUCAACCAAUAAUGAGCUGUCAUCCAAGCCUUCUGUUAGCUCCAAGUCCAGCGAACUCAGACUCAGGCCGAAAACCACGCGAUCGGCUGGUACUGAGCCCCAACAAUCUGAAUCUAAUCAUGUUGACAAGAUCACCAGAGGAAUACAGCAAAUUUCGAUCGCUCCUAACCUCCCGAAGAAAACCUUGAGGAGCAAGACAUCAACUUUGGUCUGCGAGAGCAAACAAGCCUUGCCCCUGGGAGAGCAGAUCAACUUGGCAAUGAAAACCGUCAACAUCUCACUCUCGAAGCUCUCAGCCAUCCGCCAAACUGGUUGGAAGGCAGAACCGAUUUUCGUUGACCCUAGCAACCAUAACUCGAAAAUUGCCUCAAAGGAAACAAUCCACAGCGUGUCUGAUAGUCAAUUGGAAGAAGCUCUUGAAGGAAUCAAUCAGGGUUAUCUGGCUACACAAACCUUACGAAAAUUGAUCUCCAAUAGCACUUUUUCUAGCAAAUCUUAUGAUGUUGAGCGGGCCGGACUGGCUUUGGUAAAUCACGCAAUCGAGCUCAAAUUGUACAAUUCAGCCCUUCGCCUGCUUGAAGUCGCACACUGCUCUCUACAGGCCUUGAUAUCCCAUCCGACUCAAGCCCCACCCCCAACGGCUAGUCCCAAAUCCAUUAAUCCGUCGCCCAUCGCCCCUACAUCAUGGCAAUCCUAUUCCAAAGUUCUGUCGUUUCUCAUCCCCAAAAACCACGAUCAAGGGGCUACCCCAAAUCUGAAUAGUGCAGCCUUAUUGGUCCUAACGGCUGUAGCCCAAGGCUUCCAAGCUUUCCUAAACGGAAAUAUCGGCACAAUAGCAUCCGUCUCCCGUGGUCCAGUCAGACAAGCAUCGUCCUCGGUUGGUGCCGAAAGUACCCAAACGGCCCAGAUCCGCGCGGAUUGCUGUCUCUGUGCCCUAGAGUCUUCAAACGCUCUGGUUGAAUGGAUCGUAUCACUCGAUGACCACUCUAGUUCCCCUCCAGAUGAACUCAUCAUCAAGAAGAUAUUAGGGGCUGUACAAGCUUGCUAUUCUGCGACAGUAAAGGCUUGCUCGUCGUGGGAAGAUUUAUUGGAACCUCGGCUGUUAUUUCAAUUGCGAAAAUCUUCAGUACUGUUGUUACUCGCUUCUCAGGUCCGCUUGAAAGAAUUGAAACCUACGGACACCUCGAUGGACCAAGCUCGGAGAACUCUGCUCCUAUAUGCCCGAUCGUGUCCGCAACAAAUGUCCGAGGUGAUUUCCGAGGCAAGGAAUUUUUUCACCCAAAUCGUUCAGAUCGUUCAAAGUAAAGAAACCCCUGAUUGGGAUUAUGUUACUCGAAACGCAGGCUGGAGAAGUCUAUGCGAGGUGGUGAUUGGACUAGCUCGUAAGAUUGGUGAUGUUGAACUGGUCAAUCAAACGAGUACAUUCUUGUACUCCACAUCUGAAACCACUUAUGACCAAUCUAGGGUCACCCCUGAUGGCCAAACGGUAAAGGAAGACAUCACAUCCGAUAAACAUGUUGGCUUACUGCUGCUCAAGAUUACUGCUACCAGCGCUGCACUUGAUCUAUACUUGAAGACAACAGAAGACCAAGCAAUCGCGAACCAGUUGGAAAACUCAAUAUUAACAAUUGCAGCUCUGGCCCACCAACGCGCGACGAUGUCAACCGAUCAGUAUCAAAAAAUGAACAUUCUCAUUGAUAGAUUACGUCGAAUAUGUGCGCGGGCACUCAGGAAAGCUACGGUUGAUGGUGGAUUACACCCAACGAGCAAUGUUUAUGCAGCUUGCGCAAGCGUUUCCCGAGCCAUUGUGGAUUUAUGGGUCAAAGACAUCGAACGACCAGCUGACACGACCCACGAGCCUGUUUUGGAUCCUGCGAUUCUCUCGAUGAUGAUCACUGGUACAACGGAAACCUUAAUUACAUUGGCUGAAAGCUUGUUUCAAGUAAACAAUCCGGAUUCACAUCACAAAGCUUUGCAAGAUUUGAGCCGAUGUGCACGAUUGAUAGAGUUGUUACCAGAACCUGAUGUAUCGGUGAUCAGAUGCCUUACUUCGACAUAUUAUAACACUGGUGUAGCAUUGUAUCAGGUCAACAAGCUUGCAAUGGCGAUCAAUUUUGUUAGACCAUCGUGCGAGCUUCCUAGCCGAUUCUUCCCAAUCCUUCAAUUAGACGCCGCCCCACCCACAUGGAGUCAGUACGAUGAUGCGAAUGGAGAACUUGAAGUGUUGAAAAGACAGUUACUUAAACGCUGGGAACUUCUCGCCAUAUGCUACCUCCAGAUAGAUAGAUCGCAAGCUUACCAGGCCUACGUUUCUGCCGUUGCAUCUCAUUCCGAAGCGGACUUCAGGACUCUUGGAAAGAUAGCUGAUGAUGGCUCCGACCUACAGGGUGCACUUGAUGUUCUACCGGGUCUAUGUAAACUAGUACAAAGGGUAACCUGGUUGGCCACUUGCGAUAUGCUUCUACCAAUCUCCAAAUGUAAUCUGCUUGAAAGCCUGGCACCAAAGAAACUAUCAAAUUCAGAAGUCGGGGCGAUUUUAGAGCUGCAGCUACAGUACCUCUACCAAAAUACCCGUAAGAGCGAAUGUCGUUUGGCUCUGAAAGCAAUACUCGACGAGUGUUCUCAGAUUUAUCAAUCGGCGACCCACCCUUUUCGAAGGGCCAGAGCAUUGAUCCGGCUGAUGGAAUGGCAUGUCAGCAUGAGCACAGACUCCAAGUCCAACUCAACUUUCCAAGUCCUAAAUCAGCUGUUGGGAGACGUAUCAGGCCUACUCGAUACAUCCAACUCUGGUCUGGAUGAUUGUUUCAAACCUUACGUUCAACAGUUUUCCGCCUUGGCUUACAUGUGGCUGGCAGUAGCCGCUCAGUCAAGAAAUUUACUGAAUGAAUUCUUAGAUGCUAGCGAGGCUUCAAUAAGCGGUUUUGAGAAGGUCCCAUUACCCUCGUCACCUGUGAAGCCCGAGCCCACCUUGAAGAAAGAAGCCGUCCACAAAUCAAAGGCUCGAGGAACCGUGAAACCCAACCAGGCUCCACCCCGGACGCGUUCUGCAAUAGCCAAACCGAAUCAGAAUUCAAAUCCUCUUGCUACACCGCCAAAUAAACGAGUUGUUGAUCGAAUUGACUCGAUGAAGACUCCUGAACAACAGGGAAACUUGAAGUCAUCAAAGCUACUGUUCCAGUCAAGCAAGAACAAACUCAUUUCCGCAGAUGGUUUGAUGAACCCACUUCAUCUUGACGAUCGCGAACGUCUCGUUCAACAUCUCAUGCUCUUCACGCACAUUCUUGGUGCCCACGGCUUGGUUUCUCAAAAACUGCGGCUGUUGCGAUUCUUGCAAGAUUCGGGUUCCACUCAUACUCCAGCAAAAAAUAACAAACACUAUGAAAGUCAAACUUCGAUUAUGGUCGAACUAGCUUCAACGUAUCUACACUGUGAAGAAUAUACCAAUGCCAGCACGCUACUGUCUGAUGCUGAACGAUUCACCAAAUCUUUGCCUCCUCAUACACUUCCAGGGGUUCUAGCCAGCGAGAGUCUCAUCUCAUUGCUUUACUCUAGAUGUUUCUCCGAAGCUGAUGACCCGGAAAGUGCAGAUUCCGCAUUCAUCUCGGCCGGUGAAAAAUGGGCAUUGGCCAUGGAGGAGGAGGAUGAUAAUAAUCGGAAUUCGGAUAUCUCUUCAGCGCAGAAAGUGAUCAGAAGGACUAAAUUCCUACGGAUGAUCGCCCUGGCUUCAUUUACUUACUCCCAUAUCAAAGAAAAGCAAGGCGAUUUGGCUCUCGCGAUCGAGUACGCCACCCGGACCGUUCGCUUGCUGCACCGGGCUUCAUCCAACAUUCUUCGGAUAUCCAAUCCCCCACAGCCGACUGCGUCCAAGCCCACCCAAGAUGUGUUCAGCAGCAAUUCGAAGGCUGAUGAUUGUGCCCCUCUACCCGAAAUAGCCACUGAGGUUAACCCCCACUCUUUCACAGUCGACAGCCAUCCAGUCGGCGAGAUUACAUGGCAAGUUGCCGCAAUGAUUCCUGCAGCAUUGAGUAGGGUCAUCGCUCUAUACAUUAACAGAGGCUCGCCGAGGCUGGCUGAAGCUUAUCUGAACCAGUUCUCUACCGUCUCGGAUCAGAUCGGAUCCCACCGACUGAAAGUCCGUGGGAUCGUCAUCAAAGCUAACAUCUUGACGCUCAAAAGACAGUUUGAUGACGCCCACGAUGCUCUCAAAAAUGCUUCGGCGAUGAUCGAAGAUCGGCGUACUUUCGAGCUCGCUGAAAUCUAUAAGCUCAAGUGCGAGAUAUCUUACAAGCUGAAAUCGUUCAAUGAAGCUAAGGCUAAUUGCGCUGAGUUGGGACGUGUAUUGCAAGAGUUAGACGGUAAUUCGACCCCAGUUCCCCGGCCAACAAGUCCUCUCAACUCUUCGAGAAUGUCUUCUCAAUCUUCCAGAGGCCUGCUUCUUUCUUCGACCGCGCCUGCUCAAUCUUUGCUAGUGGCAGCUCAGACAAAUCGCAUCCAAGUGCUGGUUGCCCGCGCGAUGCGUCGACCUGAACAGGUGUCUCAGCCUCUUCGACUGCUUGCCAAGAUGCCAUACAAAAUUCGCGAACAGGUGUUCGAGACGACGUUGUUGGCGAUGCUUGGAUUGGAUGACGUUCUGCAAAACUUCAGAGUAGACCCUUUGUUGGGAGUGUUAUCGGAAGCCAUGAUUGUGAUCCCCUCGACGCAAAGUCACCCGGAUCAAUGCAAGAAUUUUCAGGACCAGUUUCCCCAACUCUCGCGUUCCUUAACAGCGAUGGAAGAAGCCUUGACUAAGCGGACGAUAGGAUGCGCCGACAUCCCUAAUUUAUACGAGACCAUUCACGUCUUGAUCACGCUCAAGUUCGUCAAGAGUAUCCUUCAACGAGAGCGGAAAAACGUGGCUGGCGAGGUCGCAGCUCUCCUGGAUUUUGUGUGCAGUCUGACUAUCCGACGAGAAAUGGUGGAAUGCAUUCAAGCAAAAUCCCGAGUGGUCGGACCUGGUGAUGAUACCAGUUGGCCAUCCGAAGUUGAAGUCAAAGAGUCACUACUUGCCGGAGACGAAAUGCGAAUUGCCUCGAUCUCGGGGGCCGAUUUGAGCCGAUGGCAAGACGUGGGCUCUCAUCACAGGCAUGAUAUCAGGUCGCCUGCGACGUAUCGUCCCCUUCAAGGUCUCCCUACCGGAUGGCACGUGGUGUCGAUACACUUAGCCUUCGAAGAAGAUAGUCUAUUCAUCAUCCAGCACAACAAGACGUGCAAUCCGUUGGGUGUCAAGUUGCCACUGGAUCGGUUCAAUCGGAGAGAAGGGGAAGAUGAGCUGUUCACGUUGAAGGUGGCUCUGGAAGAACUGCAGGCAAUCGUCAGUAAGAGUAAUGCGGCCACUCAGCGCGCCCGUCACGUCACUGGCCGUCAAGAUAAGAUCUCCUGGUGGCAAGAACGCAAAGAUUUGGACACCAGGAUGCGGAAUCUUGUCGAAAGAAUUGAGAAUGAUUGGCUGGGAGCCUGUAAAGGACUAUUGCGUCCCAGUAAUAAGGUGAAUGAAAUGGCUACCUUGCAAGCAGCUUUGGAGAACCUCUUCCGACAUCAUCUGAUUUGCUCCCAAGACAAAACGGUUUAUAAUCGUCCGUUGGAUCAACAUAUCAUCAGUUGCUUUGUAUCUUUGCCCAUCAACUGUCGCGAUGAAGACUUGGAAGACCUCAUCCAAUUUGUUGUCGAUUCUUACCAAAUUCAUGAGGCUCCUGUUGUGGGAGAUGAAGUAGAUGUUGAUCAAGCAAGUUUCUUUUUUGGCUUUUUUGGACCUGUCGUAUGUGAGCUGCGAAACCUUCAGAAGGAGUUUUUGGUUGCUUAUUCAGAAGAAGAGAGUUCGCCGCAACACUUGUUCCUGAUCUUGGACAAGCAUCUGCACGGAUUUCCGUGGGAGGUUCUACCGAUUUUGAUGGGCCAUUCAGUGAGCAGGAUCCCUUCGUUAAGCUUCCUGCGCGAUCGUCUAGGCGAUGAUCAACAGCGGGCCGACCUGGCGCCCUUAUCGGUCGACCCGACCCGGACCUCAUACAUCUUGAAUCCGAGCGGCGAUUUGACGAGCACUCAGCUCAAGUUCGAAAGCUGGCUGGAAAGCCGGCCGUCCUGGAGCGGAAUCAAAGCCCGGCCUCCGAGCAGUGAGGAGGUCAAACAAGCUCUCCUUUCGGCUGAUUUGAUGCUUUACUUUGGACAUGGGGGAGCAGAGCAAUACGUUCGUUCGCAGAGUAUCAAACAGCUUCCACGCUGUGCAGUGACGAUGUUGUGGGGCUGCUCGUCCGGAAUGCUUCACGAUCAAGGGGAUUUUGAUCCGACGGGGACGCCCUACGCCUACAUGCUGGCCGGAUGUCCCGCAUUGCUCGCUAAUUUGUGGGACGUGACCGAUAAGGACAUCGACAAAUUGGCGCUCGAUCUGUUCGUGAAAACUGGCCUCCAGUCCGAUCAACAAGGUCCGGAUGGAUCCUCUUCGCCAAUGACGCUGACGGGCGCACUAGCUUCAGCACGGUCGAGUUGUCAACUCAAGUAUCUCAACGGUGCUGCGCCCAUCAUUUAUGGCAUCCCAGUCACGUUCCAAGUCAGAAAACCAGAAGCCCAUCUAGACCUAUCUCGAAGUCCCUAACUUGAUCUCCCCAGUACACCUGGCCUGUGUCAAUAUAUACCUCUGCUACCAAUCCAUCUUUUUGUUUGCAUGCAGCAUCUACAUCUAGCUGGCUUUUCCAAUUUGAUUAUAUAUAUUUUUUGGCUUAUCUUUGACUAUAGACGUAGCAUUCUGUCCAUAGAUCACUCUGUCGUACACCCCCUCCCUCCCUGCUUGCUUUUUCUUUUUCUUUUCUUCAUUUUUAUUGUCAUCUACUUCUUUGUCUCUUUUUAUGUAUACUCAGAAACAAGGGGUUAUUAUAAUGAGAAACAAUACAGACACCCAACUUUUGUGAACACACACUUGAAAUUUGAUGUAGCUUGUAAAACCAUCCACCUAUUCUUUCUUUGAUCAUUGGGGAGCAAUGAAAGUACAUAUCCA